UCUCUCUCUCUUUCUUUCCGAAGUAUCUCCACCUCCGCGUCAACCUUGCCUCCUACAUCUAUUCUAAUCCCCUCCCCUCAAGACCCCAAAGCGCCGCCCUCCGCCUCCACGGCCGCUGCCGCCGCCGCCGCCAACCAUGUAUUCCCCCGCACUUCUUGACCUCGAGAUCACGGUCAUAUCAGCUAAGCACCUGAAGAACGUCAACUGGCGCAGCGGCGACCUCAAGCCCUACGCCACCUUCUCCCUCGACCACGACCCUUACCUCCGCCUCUCCACCCGACCCGACGACUCUGGCUCCACCCGCCCCGUCUGGAACGAGAUUCUCACGAUUCCGCUCACCGCCGCGUCGCCGGCCGAUGCGAUACUCACCGUCGAGGUCUUCCACUCCAAGCCCUCCGAAACCCCCAAACCCUUGGUCGGCUCCUCGAGGUUCCCCCUCUCUCACCUGAUCGACUCGGAAGGUGACGCCCCUAGGGUUUACGCGCUUGACCUCUAUCGUCCUUCUGGUCGACCGCAGGGGAAACUCCGCAUAAAGCUCGCCGUCCGAGAGCGGCCUCGUCCUCCGCCUCCCCGAUAUCACGACUUUGCCCCGGAGGAUCGCGCUCCAAGUGUCCCUACAGCUCCAAUUGAUUUCUCCUCUUAUGCUGUUGAUCAUAAGCUGAAGGUGCCCAGCGGUUACAGUUCCCCAUAUUGCCCAUCCGCCCCAGUCGAUUUUUCCUAUCCUGUUCAAGAGCAUCGGCCGAUUCCUCCGCCUCGCUACACUGCAUCUGCUCCUGGUGAGUCCUUGAGCAGUGAGCAUUUGAUUCCCACACCACGCUGGAUCUUCGAUCACAGGGCAUCAGCUCCUGUCUAUCCUGCACCGUCAAACAGUCGGAGCUCAGACAAUCUUGUCCCAAAUGAGCCUGCAGCACCAUGCGAUUCAUCACGGCGUGAGCAGAGGCCAUUGCCACGCUGUGAAGAUGUUGGCAGUGUGUUGGGAAGGUUGAAUUUGGAAGAAGGAAACGCCCGCGAGACUGAUUAUGCAGCGAGGAAUGCUCCUGGCUAUGGCCAUUAACAAAGUGGUUGUUGAAGCACAAUGAUGCUUGGGGUUCUUGAACUCUACAAAAGAGGGUAAAUGUGGCUAAUAAGUUAAACUGAUAUGCAGAUUCCCGUGAUCUACUUUUGUAUAUGCAGUCAUAUUCUGUAUGAAGUUGCCACCUGACUUUAUUUGCAUAUUGUGUGGCUUGUUUUUCUCCUACAUUAUCCUACUUGAAGCGCCAAGGCACGAUUAAAGUACGCAUCUUUAAUGACAUACUCUAUGCUAUUGCUGU